GCUGUAUCUAUCAAGAAAGGAGGGUGGGGUUCCGAGAACUGAUCACGGUCAUUCUGAGAACGUGUUGCAGGAGCAGCAGCUCGAUAGGGCUUUGACUGUGGUGGCUUUCUGAGUUCAUAAGACCUUCUCUCUAGACUAGCACUUCAGUCAUGAGCCUUUAUCCCUUUUAGCCCGUUACCCCUCCGUACAAAUGCCUGUGCCUUUGGGGGCUUUGAGCUAGUUGUUUUGCUUUUAAUUUUUUCCAACUGUAAGGUUUUUUUCCCCUCCGUUCCUCCUGCUGGGUUGUUUGAAGUCAAAUUCAGCAUGAAUAAAAGAGGGAAGUAUACGACAUUGAAUUUGGAGGAGAAAAUGAAGGUCCUCAGUAGGAUUGAAGCUGGACGAUCUCUAAAAAGUGUGAUGGAUGAAUUUGGGAUCAGUAAAUCAACAUUUUACGACAUUAAAAAGAAUAAGAAAUUGAUUUUGGACUUUGUACUGAAGCAGGACAUGCCAUUAGUAGGGGCUGAGAAGAGAAAGAGGACGACAGGAGCCAAAUACGGCGAUGUGGAUGACGCAGUGUACAUGUGGUACCAACAGAAACGCUCAGCUGGCGUCCCUGUUAGAGGUGUGGAGCUUCAGGCUGCCGCGGAGAGAUUCGCACAGUGUUUUGGGCGCACGGACUUUAAAGCUAGCACCGGUUGGCUUUUUAGAUUUCGAAACAGGCACGCAAUUGGGAAUCGAAAAGUAUGCGGGGAACAAGUCCUAAAUACAGCUUCUGAAAACGUUGAGCCAUUCCGACAAAAACUCUACACGCUUAUGCAAGAGGAGAAACUGAGUUUGGCUCAGCUGUACAGUGGGGGUGAGACUGACCUCUUUUGGAAGUCGAUGCCAGAAAACAUUCCAGCAUGCAGAAAAGAGAUCUGCCUGCCUGGACGGAAAAUAAACAAAGAACGGUUGUCCGCUCUUUUAUGUGCAAAUGCGGACGGAACUCAUAAGUUAAAGUCCAUCAUUAUUGGCAAGUCAAAGCUGCCCAAAAGCGUGAAAGAGGACGCGAGUACAUUACCUGUGAUAUAUAAACCUAGUAAAGAUGUCUGGUUUACCAGAGAAUCGUUCUCAGACUGGUUCUUUCAAAACUUCGUUCCUGAGGUCAGGCAUUUUCAAGUUAACGUUUUAAGAUUCCAUGAAGAGGACGUCAGGGCCUUGUUACUUCUAGACAGCUCUCCAGUUCACCCUUCCACUGAAUCACUAACCAGUGAGGAUGGCCGAAUAAAGUGUGUGUUCUUUCCCCCUAACACUUCAACCUUGAUUCAGCCAAUGAAUCAAGGUGUCAUCUUGAGCUGCAAACGGCUUUAUAGGUGGAAGCAGCUUGAAGAGAGUCUUGUCAUUUUUGAAGAAAGUGAUGAUGAGCAAGAGAGAGGAGAAAAAGGAGUUUCCAAGAUUAAAAUCUACAACGUAAGAAGUGCAGUUUUUAACUGGGCCAAGAGUUGGGAUGAAGUAAAACAAAUCACCAUAGCGAAUGCGUGGGAAAAUCUCCUUUACAAAAAGGAGCCCGAGUAUGAAUUUCAAGGCUUAGAAGAUGGAGACGAUGGAGAAAUCCUUGAGAAAUGUGGGGAGUUGGAAGCCACACUGGCCGAUGAGAGGGUAUGGUUAAAUGGGGAUGAUGAAGAAAAGGGUCAUCCCCCAAAAGCAAAAAGUGAAAUUACAAAGGAAGUUCCUCAGAAAGGAAGAGGAGCCAAAGAGCAGACUUCCGGAUUUAAGUUAUCUGCUGUAAGAGAGAGUUUGGACCACCUACUUGACUUUGUUGAUGUCACACCUGAGUUUCAGAGGUUCCAUUUCACACUGAAAGAGAUGCAACGAGAAAUAGUAAAAAAGCAGUUCCAGAGUAGAAUCCAUUCUAGAAUUGGUAGCUUUUGGAAACCUAGACCUCGUGUUAUCAAGGAUUCCUUCAAUAUGCCUUCAACCUCUAGUAAUUAGGCUUUGUGUUUACAGAUUUCUGUAGUUCUAUGAUGUUACACGAUGUAGAAUUGUUGUGAAUCGUCAUUGUGUUGAUCAGCUGACCUCAUUUUGCACAGCAAUGCCCAUUUAUAUAUUGUUUCUAAAACAUACGGUUUAAAAAUAAAUGUGUUUCUUUAAAGUAUAAAAA